GCUGGCCCCAGGCAGCAGCACCAGUGUCCUGCUGGCUUGAGGCUGCCAUACCUGUGGCUGCCGAGAGCACAAGAUCAGCCCACUAUGGGAUGGAUGGGACCAGAGCUCUGGCUGCUCUAUGCUGGGAGCUCCAGGUGCUGCUCGUGCUCUGGCUAGGGGGUAGUGUGGGGGCUUGGGACCUCUGGACAUUGGCACCUCAGCCCUGGGACCUUCUGCUGUCACCAGGGCCUGCAGGGAUCCAGGGAUGUGGCCGGGUUCAUUAGCACCGGUGACCUUCGCCUUCCCGUCCUGGCCAGCGCUAAGCGGGUUUGUUACAUAUUUAAUAUCCUGAGAGCGUUAUUAGUCGGUAUUUAAUGACGGAUACAACCUGUGGGAUAAUCCCAGUCUUAGUGGGGAGGCGUGGUGGCAGGAGCAGGCGGCUCAGGGGGUUGCGGGCUCUUGGGGCCCCUCACACAGCUGCCCACCACUGCCCUGCCCACCCACUGCCCCUGCUGUGCCAACCACAGGAACCCCCCAGUGCCUUGCAGGGGUCCCCACAGUCCAUGGGGCUGUGGGACCCUUCCCCUUCACUACUCUGCUGCCAGGAAUACAGCAGGGUUGGGGGGCUUGGAUGAGGACCUGGCCAAGGCAGAGGAGGGACAGGAUGGGGCAGCAUGGUUUGCUGUCCGCCCAGCAGGCUGUAGUUCUUCACCAGCCCCUGGCCGUCCAGCCUGUCCUUCCACAGCACAGGGGACUCCGCUACCCACAGCCCCAAGUCAGGGCUGGGGUCAUGGACGGGACACAGCUCAACUCUGCAGUAAAGCCCCAGCUGGGCUGUGUCCUUGUGGCUGUGGGUGUCCAUGGGGCUCACGGUGGGCCCCGUGUGCCAGCCCCAGGGUGCCACUGUCCCCCAUCCCUAGGAGUUGUGUAGCUAUGCAGAGUUGGGGGGCUGGGAGGGACCAGGGCUCUGGCUGGUGGCAGGCAGGCAAGGAGGAUGGUCCCUGCAAGUCCCUGCCCAACAGUAGCUGGGGAAGGGGGGCUAUCAGGUGCCCCAGAUCCUGCUGCUGCUCUCGUGGGUGCUAAUACCACCUAAUCAGCUGUCAGUCACUGCGGACCCCAGCAGCUAUAAAACACCCAGGAGCAGCUCCCCAGCUCCUCUCCUGCAGUAUGGCAGCACCUCAGGGUGAGAGGAGCCCAGGACAAGAGCUCGGAGCCUGUGGAGGGCCUUGGGGGACCCUGCCGGGGCCACCCCAAGCCCUGCUGCCCUGCCCCUGCCCCUACUCCUGCCCCUGUCCCGUUCUGGCCGGGUACAGCUUCCUGCCACCCCCUUUCAGCCUUGUGACGCCUCUGGUAAGUGCCGCUCCAGGGGAGGAACGGGAUGUGGGGCUUUCCAGAACCAGGAUGGGACUGUGUGGGGUGGUUGGAAUUGGGACUGGAGACCUGCUGUCCCUUGGCCCCUGCCCCUCCCCAGCAUUCCCCUGCCUCCACACCCAUACUCUCCUGCGCUUGGCACUUUGAAUGUGCAUGGGAGAGGAAAGGGAAGGGCAGAAUACCGCUCUACCCUCUCCCCUACACAAAGGGCCAAGCCCUGACAUCCCACAGCCCUUCUCCUCUGGCCAUCAUGCCCCCCUGUCCCAGCCUGACACCCCUCUGCCCCUCCAGGUCUCCACACCCUAUGAGGUGCCGCUGGGGCUGCCCACAGAGCCGGGGCGGGUGAAGGCAGCGGCAACGCGAGAGAGCACCGGGGCACUGAAGGCUUGGCUGGCACAACACCCCAGGAAUCCCUAUCCCAGCAAGGGGGAGAAGGUGAUGCUGGCUGUGGUCAGCCGGAUGAGCCUCACCCAGGUCUCCACCUGGUUCGCCAAUGCCCGCCGGCGCCUCAAGAAGGAGAACAAGGCGAGCUGGGCCACACGCAGCACCUCGGACAGCGAGGACAGCGAGGGUGAGGGGGUCCCACCCAGUGCUGUCCCCAUUCCCAGUUCCAGCCCUGUGCAGGACGGGUGUGGGGGCAGCCCCGAGGUGAGGACAGGCCCAGGGCAGGACAAGCAGCCCCAGAAACCCAAGAUCUGGAGUGUGGCAGAGAUGUUGGAACCUCCCCCCAGCAAGAACAGGUGUCCCCUGGAGGUGCCAGUGGUGCUGGAGCAGGUAUAGGGCUGGGAGAGUCAUGUCCUGUCCCCAAGGGCAUGGCAGGAGAGACAGCCACAGGACCCAGCAGCUGCCUGGCCAAGGAGAGUGGGAG